AAAUUUCCCCCCCCAAGCUGCCGGCGACUUCCUCCCUUGAAAAACCGGUAAAGCUUGAUGAUUUUCCGUUAUUUUCUUGUCCAAGAACCUGAUUUGGAACCCAGAAAUCUCUUCCCCCUGCAGGAGCUUCCGGAUCUGCCUUGCUCUGCUUCUUCACCGCCGGCUGCUCUUGCCUUGUGGGGGCGAAUUGCUCGGUUUUUUUUGAAAUUCCCCAAAUUCCAGCCGGCUUCUUCCCCCGCACUGCCGCCGGCCUCCCUCAACCUGGAGUCUGGUUCCUUGCUUGCAAAUUCUGUCGGGGGCUACUGUUCAUGUCGCGAUUACUGUUCUCGGCACUGUUCACGGGUUACUGUUCACACCCCGAGGGCCAACAAUUAACGGGGAUUUAAAUGAUUAGUUUGUGAUAUGAGAACGAUUUUGGAGAUAUUUGAUCAUGUGGAGAUUUAUGGAAAUAGCAUUGUGAUUAGGAAUGAUCCUAAUGAGGAGUUUACCUUGAAUUUGUGAUAGUGGUAUUAAUUCUUGAAAUAUUUUGAUUUGGUUUCCGAUCGUUCUGUCAGUUAGCACUAAGAUUGAGUGCCCGGUUUUAUGCGAGUGAGGAAGUGAAACUGAGGACGGGGAAACCACAGGAAGUGACGAGUUAGAAAGCUAGCCAUUUCGAGAUUGAUAUAGAUUUUAGAAAUAAAUUGUGAUUUUGUAAGCUAGAGUGUAUUUGGAGAUUUAUGGUAUCGGAGAAAUUUUAAAGAUUUGAUCUUUAGAUUUUGAUGGUAUCAGAUUAUGAUAUAAUAAGUUUCGAGCCUUGUG